CCCAAGUAACCUCUAUCAAAGCAAAGACCAGUGCCUAGUCUAACGCUUUUAAGGAUUUUAAAAGAAGAUGUGAAGAGGUGUCCUGCUUAUCCUCCAAGCUUGGGUGCUGGGGCCGGGCCGGCUGAGAUUUACCAGUGAAACCCAAAGAAAGAGAGGGCAGAGAACUAGAGAAAAGAAACAAGAUAAUGCUACCCAAGAGGACGAAAUAGAGAAGCAGGAAACGAAGCCUGCGGCCAAACCCUGGUGAUGACUAUUAGGAAAACACCAGAGGAUGCCCCGCCCGCCAGCCCACAGUGAGCAGCCUGUCCACGUCACAAAGCGUGGCCUCGGGCCUUGACAGUUCGCGAUCUGUAAGCAGGAUGUUCCAGGGCCUCCCUGUCGCCUGCAUCCAGCCUGGGGGCCACGAAAAAUACAAUCUUCACUGGUGUGGGAGGCCGAAAGUGGACGGCGACGGAGGCCCCUCUGGUUAUCUCUCUGCCGUGCCAACACAGUUUCUGCGCCCACUAAGAUGCAUGAAAUAAAAAUUUCCGUGACUCGCCCUUUGCAGUGGAGACCUGAAACAGGCACACCAGGGAAUUGGAGCGGAGGAGGGUAACUCAAACUCAGAGUGAGAGAGUUUGCAGGGGGCCGAUUUGGGGCCAACAGGCUUCCCAGCAGGUCCCCGGCGCGGGGCAGCGGAAGGCGAAACGCUUUCAAGAGACCCCGCUGCCAACAUCCCCACGCCCUCGCACCCUCCCGCCGCCCCAGAAGGCCAACUCCGCCUGCCUGAGUCACAGCUGGAGCUGGGGAGGAGCCAGGGAAAGGCGGCCCCUGACCGUAGUGCAGCCAGCGGUUACAGGCAGACGGAGCAGAGCGGUAAGGGAUCAUGAGGGAGAGUGCGUUGGAGCCGGGGCCUGUGCCCGAGGCGCCGGCGGGGGGUCCCGUGCACGCCGUGACGGUGGUGACCCUGCUGGAGAAGCUGGCCUCCAUGCUGGAGACGUUGCGGGAGCGGCAGGGAGGCCUGGCUCGAAGGCAGGGAGGCCUGGCAGGGUCCGUGCGCCGCAUCCAGAGCGGCCUGGGCGCUCUGAGUCGCAGCCACGACACCACCAGCAACACCUUGGCGCAGCUGCUGGCCAAGGCGGAGCGCGUGAGCUCGCACGCCAACGCCGCCCAAGAGCGCGCUGUGCGCCGCGCAGCCCAGGUGCAGCGGCUGGAGGCCAACCACGGGUUGCUGGUGGCGCGCGGGAAGCUCCACGUUCUGCUCUUCAAGGAGGAGGGUGAAGUCCCAGCCAGCGCUUUCCAGAAGGCACCAGAGCCCUUGGGCCCGGCGGACCAGUCCGAGCUGGGCCCAGAGCAGCUGGAGGCCGAAGUUGGAGAGAGCUCGGACGAGGAGCCGGUGGAGUCCAGGGCCCAGCGGCUGCGGCGCACCGGAUUGCAGAAGGUACAGAGCCUCCGAAGGGCCCUUUCGGGCCGGAAAGGCCCUGCAGCGCCACCGCCCACCCCGGUCAAGCCGCCUCGCCUUGGGCCUGGCCGGAGCGCUGAAGCCCAGCCGGAAGCCCAGCCUGCACUGGAGCCCACGCUGGAGCCAGAGCCUCCGCAGGACACCGAGGAAGAUCCCGGGAGACCUGGGGCUGCCGAAGAAGCUCUGCUCCAAAUGGAGAGUGCAGCCUGAGGGCUGGUGUUGCCUGCCUACCCUGUGCUUGUGCCUUGUCCCAAAAUAAAUCCUUUCAGAAUGUAGCACUCACGCCCUAAUAAGGAGCGAAUCCUGCAUCCACCAAGGCGGGCGCUCUGGCCCUCCCUUCCUUAAGCCCAGUCCUGUGUCCUCUGAAAGAGGUGCAGCCACUCACACCUGCUUGCGCUCACCAUCAAUAAAAGUAAUUUCACCCGAA